AUGCGCGAAGAAUGCCCUGGGUACCGAGAUGAAUGGGACCUCGUCUUCCGCGAUCAAACCGACCGUACCAUUAAGCGUUCUCUGGAAAAAAAGACUAAGAGCGUCACCACGCACGACUUGCCCCAGCCCGCCCGUAGGUUGAGCCCCAGCGCGGACGAGAUAGGUGUCAACUAUUUCCUCCGCACCUUCGUCAUCGGCCAGUUCUCGUCACGUGGAUGCCUUAACUACAUUCCGUCUGUUUAUCGCGACGAUGGCGAGCACCCGACUCUGGUGGCCAGCAUGGCGGCAGUAGGCCUCGUGGCGUUGGCCAAUUCGUCUCGACAGCCCGAGCUGGCAAAUCUUGCACGCGCCAAAUACACGGAGGCGAUCAGCAAUGUGAACACCGCGUUGGCAUCGCCUGUCGAGUCCGUCAAGGACAGCACCCUAAUGUCGGUAAUCUCGUUAGGGGUGUUUGAGCACGUCUCCGAGCACAAGUCAUGGGUCCGACAUGUCCAGGGCGCUGCCGCGUUGGUGGUUGCCCGGGGCAAGGGCCAAUUCACCAGCCCAGCCACAAUUCUCAUGUUUAACCAAGUGCGCGCUGAUCUGGUGCUUGCCUGUGUUCAUAAUGGAAAACCGUUUCCGGAGGACAUGAUUGAGCUGCAAGAAGAAGCAGCCAAGCACCCAGAUGCCUCUGGUGCAUUCUGGCUCCUGGGGGUGCUAAGCACCCGGUGCGCAAACCUCCUGAUGGGCGUCAGGGAGAAUACCGGGCAAGUUCCUUGGCCUCAAUAUCUGGAGGAAGCGAUUCUGAUGGAGCGUGAAUUCCAGUCCUGUCUUAUCCUCCUUGCUAUACAAGAACCGUAUACAACCACCCGAGAUUCGGGUGGGGCGCCAAAUAUCAUUUAUAAUGGCCGAGUUGACCUCUAUAAGGACCCUUGGGCGAUCCGGGUCUGGAACAACCUGAGAAAUCUUCAUAUGAUUGUCUGCGAGAUUCUGUUAUACCUCUUGAAAAAAAUCCUCGUCACAAAUCUCACGCUCACACCGGCCGUCCGGGAGUCUCUGAAGCUGAAGCUCGAAAUGACGAUGCAAACCCUGUCAAAGCUGGGAGACGAUAUACUGGCCACCAUCCCACAGGCUUUGGAAUUCCUAUCCUCGGCAUCUGGACACUGUCCCUCCGUCGAUCUCUCUGUCCACGGCAGCGUGUCGGGCGGGUAUAUCCUCACCUGGUGUCUUUACAUGGUAGGAAAAUGCCCGGUCACAAAAAGUGAAACGCGAAAGUGGAUCAUCCAACGCCUCCAAGAUUUUGGGAGGAACAUGGGUAUCUCAAUUGCGCUACGCCUAGCCGAGGAUAUAUUAAAGAUAGACCAAUUUGCCGGCUAA